AUUGUAGAUAAAAUACUUUUCUUACUUGUUUUAUUUGAAUAUAUGUAUUAUAAUUAUAAAUAUUGAGUGCCUUUCCACGUAAAUAUCCUAAAUAAUAAUAAUAAUUCAAAGAAAAAAAAAAAUAGCAUCUGCAGUGCAUGUGUGUGGGUGAUGAAUAUGAUUCUCUAAAGAUUCCUUUUGCUCAUAUUUAAGCGUUUCGAUCCUUUCCUCUUAUAUUUCUUUUUCCUCAUCAACUCAAAAUGACAGCUUCUUCUCCUCAAAACUCUCUUCCCAACAGCAAGGAUGUGUUUGCUGGAUUAGCUCCACUAGAAGCUGUACUAUUUGAUGUUGAUGGAACUCUAUGUGAUUCAGAUCCAUUUCACUAUCAGGCUUUCUAUGAAAUGCUUCAAGAGAUAGGAUUUAAUGGAGGAGUUCCCAUUACUGAGGAUUAUUAUAUCGAAAAUAUUGCUGGCAAACACAAUGAUGAUGUAGCUAGGCUACUCUUCCCUGAUGAUUUUGAACGCGGUUUAAAGUUUACAGAUGACAAGGAAGCCAUGUUUCGCCGACUUGGAGCAGAAAAAUUGAAGCCUCUAGGUGGUCUUGAAAAAGUGAAGAAAUGGGUUGAAGAUCGUGGUCUGAAACGCGCUGCUGUUACAAACGCUCCAAGACCAAAUGCUGAACUCAUGCUCACAAGUCUCGGGCUUACAGAUUUUUUUGAUGUUGUGAUAAUUGGGAAUGAAUGUGAACAUGCCAAACCACACCCAGCACCUUACUUGAAGGCUCUAGAAAUACUUAAGGCAUCUAAGGAUCACACUUUUAUAUUUGAGGAUUCUGCAUCUGGGAUUAAAGCUGGGGUGGCUGCUGGUAUGCCUGUUGUUGGUAUAACCAUCAGAAACCCAGAACAUUUACUUCUGGAAGCCAAACCAACCUUACUUAUAAAAGAUUAUGCUGACCCGAAAUUGUGGGAGGUACUCGAAGAGCUCGAUAGGAAAGGAGGUAAUUCUACCAAUGCAGCUUGAAAUAUCUUUUAUCUCAGCACAUCAAACUGAUUAAAUAAUUUUUUUGAGGAGCCUUAUAUGAUCUCCUCUCCCAUUAUUCCUUCUCAAAUCAAUGAUAAUGUUAUAACUAGCUUGAUUGAUUAGGCAACUAUAUUUAAUUUCUAUUAUCUGUUUCAUUAAAAUCUGUGUACUUGCUAUAUUUCAAUAAGGGUAGUUCUUCUAAUUGCAUCUUUUAAA